GCCUCAAGUGUCUGAGCCUCCCCCGCGCUGGGUGCGCCCCGCACAUUUAUCCUGCCCUGGAGCAGCGCCGGCACCCAGCCCUCACUCCACAGCCGUUGCGAGAUGCUGCGCUCCACUUCCACCGUCACCCUGCUCUCAGGUAGCAGCACCAAGUCGCCUGGGACGCCUAGUAGGAGGGCAAAUGUCUGCAGACUACGGCUGACUAUACCCCCUGAAAGUCCUGUACCCCAGCAAACAGAAAAGAAGAUUGAGAGGAAAGAUCAGCCUCCAGAACUAAACAAUGGAGACUCUACCAGGAAGCUUCCCCAGGGUGUGGUCUAUGGUGUGGUGCGAAGAUCCGAUCCCAAUCAACAGAAGGAAAUGGUGGUGUAUGGCUGGUCCACCAGUCAGCUGAAGGAAGAGAUGAACUACAUCAAGGAUGUGAGGGCCACUUUGGAGAAAGUGAGGAAGCGGAUGUAUGGAGACUAUGAUGAGAUGAGACGGAAGAUCCGACAGCUCACCCAGGACCUGUCGGUUUCCCAUGCUCAGCAGGACUAUCUGGACAGUCACGUCCAAGCCCAGUCAUCAGCCCUGGAUAGCUUCAACGCCAUGAACUCGGCAUUGGCGUCGGACUCCAUUGGCCUGCAGAAAACCCUUGUGGAUGUGACUCUGGAAAACAGCAACAUCAAGGAUCAAAUCAGACGUUUGCAGCAGACCUAUGAAGCGUCCAUGGACAAGCUGCGGGAGAAGCAGAGGCAGUUAGAGGCUGCUCAGAUGGAAAACCAGCUGCUGAAAAUGAAGGUGGAGUCGUCGCAAGAAGCCAAUGCUGAGGUGAUGCGGGAGAUGACAAGGAAGCUGUACAGCCAGUAUGAAGAGAAACUGCAGGAGGCACAGCGCAAGCACAGUGCAGAGAAGGAGGCGCUCCUGGAAGAAACCAAUAGCUUUCUGAAAGCGAUCGAAGAGGCCAAUAAAAAGAUGGAGGCGGCUGAGUUCAGCCUGGAGGAGAAAGACAAGAGGAUCGGGGAGCUGGACAGGCUGAUUGACCGCAUGGAGAAGGAACGGCAUCAACUCCAGCUCCAGCUCCUCGAGCAUGAAACAGAAAUGUCUGGGGAGAUCGCAGUUUCUGACAAGGACAGGUACCAGCAGCUGGAGGAGGCAUCAGCCAGCCUCCGAGAGCGGAUCAGACACCUGGAUGACAUGGUGCAUUGCCAGCAGAAGAAAGUCAAGCAGAUGGUCGAGGAGAUUGAAUCAUUAAAGAAAAAAGUGCAACAGAAGCAGCUUCUAAUAUUGCAGCUUUUAGAAAAAAUCUCUUUCCUGGAAGGAGAGAAUAAUGAACUCCAGAGCAGGUUGGACUAUUUGACAGAGACCCAUCCCAGGACUGAUGUGGACACCAGAGACAUUGGCGUGGGCUGUGAUCUUCUUCCCAGAAAAUUCAUUUGCAAAUUGCCCGACAAAGGUAAAAAGAUCUCAGACACCAUCGCCAAACUGAAAGCGGCCAUUGCAGAACGUGAAGAGGUUGGAGGGAGAAGUGAACUGUUUAACCCUGUUAGUGUAGACUGUAAGCUAAGGCAAAGAGCAACCACAAGAGUUGAUACUGACAUAGACAAGGCCCAGAAUUCUGACCUGAUGCUUGAUACUUCGUCAUUAGUUCCUGAAUGUUCCUCUGUAGAUAUUAAAUCCUCUAAAGCAACCUCAGAAACCCUGGGACCUGCACAUCUCACUCACGGAGGGAAUGAGGAGACUUUGGAGGCUGGCUGUCCAGUGAGCGCAGGCCCAGCUCCCAGCAGCAGAGCCAGGGCACCCUCAUCUGAAGUGAACCAACAUCUUGCCCAGCGCCCUGUUACAGGUCAAGCAGAAGAUACUUCCAGCAGCAUUGACAGUCUAUUUAUCACUAAAUUGCAAAAGAUCACAAUCUCAGACCAGACUGAACCCCCAGAAGAAAACACCAGCGCUGACAACCUUCUAGGAUUCCAGAGCGAGACUCCUAAGAAGCCGCAUUACAUGGAAGUGCUAGAAAUGCGAGCCAGAAACCCAGUGCCCCCUCCUCAUAAGUUUAAGACCAAUGUGUUACCCACACAACAUAGGGACUCACCAAGUCAUCAUCAGAGGGGUGAGUCUCCUGCCUCCUCAGAAGAGCAGCGACGCAGGGCCAGGCAGCAUCUUGAUGACGUCACAGCAGCUCGCCUCCUUCCGCUCCACCACCUGCCUGCACAGCUGCUCUCUAUAGAAGAGUCGCUGGCCCUGCAGAAAGAGCAGAAGCAGAGUUACGAGGAGAUGCAGGCAAAGCUCGCAGCACAGAAAUUAGCCGAGAGACUGAAUAUUAAAAUGCAGAGCUACAAUCCAGAAGGGGAGUCUUCAGGGAGAUACCGAGAAGUGAGGGAUGAAGAUGAUGCCCAGUCCUCAGAUGAAUGCUGAAGAUGAGCGCUGGGAGACCUCCAAAGC